UGUGUAUUGCCUGUCUGUGAACUCCAACCUGCAGUGGCGGUCAAAAGAAAGAGGGAUUUUUUUCACAUGUAAACUACCAAGCUGUUACAUAGCAAGCGCUGUCUGGCAGUUCACCCUUCAGAACAGUAGUAGGCUGGGCUAUUGAGAGCAAAAGACAUGCCUGUACAUAUGCUCAGUGAAGCAGGUGGUAGGGUUGAAGCACAGAUACCAAACCACCUGCAAAGAAUUGAAAUAAAGAAACUGACUCUUGAUUCAGAAUAUGAGGACAAGUAUGUUAAGGGACAGGUUGUUCUGAAAUAUCCAUUAAAUGUGUUGCCAAAUGGUAGACAGAUUCUCAAGGCUGUAAUUCAAGAAUAUGUAACUCAGCAGUCAUCCUCUGGGAUAAUGUCAAUCAAUGCCUAUUUCUUUGACACGCUGGCAAAAGAUUUUUCAGAUGCUGUCAAACAAGGGGGCAUUGUUGUGGUAACUGGCUUCAGUUUGAUCAGGUCACCGACUGCUAAUAAAGAUAAGAGACACCCCUGUCAACUGGAACUUUUUGAGGAAAAAAAAGCAACAGUUUAUGUUCAGAUUCCAAAAUACAUAUAUGUUCCACUGAAUGAACUCAAACCUGGAGUAGUUGUAAAUGUGUAUGGAGUUGUGACAUACUAUAAACAUCCAUUCCCGACCAAAGGGACUGAUUAUUGCUCAGCAGUAACUAUUAUGGAUCAAUCGGGAAGAAAGCUGUCAUGCACACUAUUCAGUGACAGAUUAGAGGCACUCCCCCAAAUCUAUAAAAUAGGAGACAUUGUUCGGCUCCACAGAAUAAAGACGGAGCGAUUCCAGGGUGAACUAAAGGGGGUGACAAGUGCAGGCUUUUCCGCUCUGACAUUUGAUGGAAGAGUGGGAGGUCCAGUAAAUCCACGGACAGGAAGCAAGUCAUACCACUUUGCAGAGGAGGACGAGAGGAAGGUUGAAAUGUUGCGCCAAUGGGCUGCCAGUCGAUGUGCUCCCUCUGAACAAAAUCUGUCUACAGUUCAGCCUAAGCAGUUUUUUGACUUGACAUGCCAGCUUGUGGCAAAAGCAGAGCUGGUCAAAUCUGUACUUUUAAAGGUCUGGGAUGGAACAAAAUGCUCUCAUCCAGUUUGGAAGGCACUUGAAGAGGAGGACAACCUUGAAGGAAAUGCUGUUCUCCUGUCCGAGUUACAGAAUCUGACAGUUGAUGUUCUGGUCUAUGAUAACCAUAUAGCAGUGGCCAAAUCCUUAAAGCCAGGAGCUUAUCUGCGAAUCAAUAAUCUCCAUGCAAAGUUCCACGCUUCCACUGCUAAAAAGCAAACCUCAAAUGAAAAUCGUCUGCAAUUUCACCUUCAUGGAGGAACUAUGUAUGGCCGAGGGAUCCAAAUCUUGCCAGAGGACAGUUAUGACGUACGGGAACUAAAAAAGAAGCUGGAAUCGGCAGAGGUUUGUGUUCAUCCCAGUGUAAGCGAUUCAGUUUUACUGGACUUCUCAAUAAGCAACAGCACAUUACAUGAACAGCUGGAACAAUGUCGACAAGAAUCUGCAACAGUGCUUACUGCUCAUCAUCAUAUGAAGAUAACAUCACUUAACGAUGUUAAGAAUUGCAAAUCUCCUCAGAAGUUUCGGAUCAGGGCCAAGCUAAAAUCUUAUGAACCAAAAAGCUUGUGUCAGUCUGUGAAGCAUUGCUGUCCCAAGUGCGGGAUCCUGCAGGAAAUCCCAGAUGAUGAGAGCGUUGCACAUCUGUUUCAAGACGCCUCAACCAGACCUCUCAAUUUAAACCUGCACAAUGCUUUCUGGUACAAGACUGCUGUGGGGUGUACAAAGAACAAACAACAGAUUGCUUUCCACUUUCUUGAGGAGGAUGAUUGGGAAAAAGAUGCAGAAAAAACAUCGGUUAUGGUAGAGAGAGCCUCGCUGAGAGAAAUCUUUCAACUUUCAAGAAGAUUCGGAAACAUCAUUCCAGUUACAUCGUCUGAAGAACAGCUGACUUUAUUAGAUCUUUCAGCUCCUUUUCUCAUCCAAGGAAAGAGAUGGCAUUACGGGUGCAAAAACUGUUCCAGUGUUACAGAUGUUAGACCUCUUCAUCAGUUUGUUCAGCAAGAGUCAUGGGAGGCUGAAACCAUAGCACAAAGUUUAGGUAUCCAGUUACUUCAGCAUGUUUUCUUUAUGAAGUUGGAGUUGGAUGAUGGAACCGCUUGUUUGGAUGCAAUACUAUGGCAUGAUGCUGAGAAGUUCUUCAGAAGUCUUGCUUCAGAAGCUGAAGUAAAUGUGGCCCUCCAAGAAAAGCUGCAGCGGACAAUGAAAACACUCUGCCCACCCGGAACAGGCUUUGAUGAACUUCCCUGGCUUGACUGUUGCAUUAAGACGUACUCCACUGAAGAUGGUGUUUUCAAUGAAAUAUUUGACACUGUGGUUGCAGAAGAAAGACAUUUUAUUUAACUGUUGAAUAACUGUUAUAAUUGAAGAAAAUGUAUUUUUGUAUUGUAUUUUCUUUUC